UGGUAUUCCUCCCCAGUGGAUGUGUCUGGGAAGCCAUCGUAGCUUUCCUGUAAUCCUAUGUACACUGGCGAAGGCGGAGAGAGAGCCGUCUCUCUGCACGGCGGAACAUCGUUGUCCUUUGUAGUUGAAAUCAGCUAACAGUCCCUACUCAGAUCAUACUUCAGGGAGAAAACAGUGGCUAUCUCGUAGCACACUUCAGGGUGAAACUCCUUGUUGUACAGGAAGUUGUUUCUUUUGCAGUGGACUUCUUCCUGGCUGGAACAUACGCAUCAGUACAAGCCUGUCAGAAAGAAUCUUCGGCGGCUUGUGAAGUAUUUGCGUUGGUUAAUUCAUCAUCUAAGCUUUAUCUUGGUUCUAUCGAGUUCCUCCGUUCGUUGCAAUGGCGUUCGUCGGAACUAAGGACAAUGGGGUUCCGGCUGCUGGCGUGUUUGACGAGAACAAGAAGAUUGAGGUUAAGGCCAUAAAAGCUGCCGGGCGCGUGGCUGCACAGAACCAGACCACUGCGGCAAGAAGAAGAGCUCUUGGUGAUAUUGGCAAUCUUGUUCGAGCUAUCCAGCAGGGGCAGCAGGGGAAAGGCAACCUCCAGCAGGGGCAGCAGGGGAAAGAAGCUGAAUUGCGCGGUGAACUUCCAAAUGGAGAAAGUGCAAGCGACAAGCCGUCUGCUGUCCAAUCGAAGCCCAUCCCUAUUCCACAGCCUACCACGGAUGCGCAUCUUCCUCCGGUUCGGCAGUGGGGAGUGACAAGGCCACGAAAUUAUGGGUCGAAGCCCCAAAAACAGGGUGCGACAGCGGCCCGUCUAGCGAGGCGCUCUCGUCCGUCAGCAUCUGUCGCGCAGGAGAAGGGAGAGCUGAGCAUGACUAGCUUGCUCACUGCCUGGAGCGAGGAGGCGUGCGGAGGAUUCCAAGAUAUCGAGGACGGAGAGACUGCGACAGAUAUCGACUCGAAUGACAAGGGAGACAUUAGGCAUGUUGUCGACUACGUGGAGGACAUCUACAGCUUCUACAGGAAAGCAGAGAUACACAGCACUGUGGAAGCAGACUACAUGACAAGUCAGGCCGACAUCAAUGAGAAGAUGAGGGCAAUUCUUCUCGACUGGCUUGUGGAGGUGCACUUCAAGUUCAAGCUUCUUCCGGAGACGCUUUACCUGACUGCCAACCUCAUCGACAGGUACCUUGCAAAGAAACCGACAGAGAGGAAGAACUUGCAGCUCGUCGGCAUCACUGCUAUGCUCAUAGCCUCCAAAUACGAGGAAAUCUGGGCGCCUGAAGUUCAGGACUUCGUAUAUAUCUCCGAUAAAGCGUACACUAAAGCGGCUAUCCUCGACAUGGAGAAAAAGAUGCUUAACACGCUCAACUUCAAUCUAACAGUGCCGACGCCAUAUGUGUUUAUGGUACGGUUCCUCAAGGCGGCUGAAGCUGAUAAAAAGCUGGAGCACCUGGCGUUCUUCUUGGUUGAGCUGGCGCUCGUGGAGUACAGAAUGGUUAAAUUUCUUCCAUCACACCUUGCAGCGGCCGCAGUGUACACUGCAAUGCGAACCCUGGGACGGCUGUCUGCUGGAUGGAGCGCCACUUUGAGGCGGCACAGUGGUUAUGCGGAAGAAGCCUUGAAGCAAUGCGCAUCACUAAUGGCUGGCUUCCACAAGAACGCGUCAUCAACUACGCUGGUUGCUGUCCACAAGAAGUACUCUGGGCCCAAGUUCUCGGAAGUAGCGAAGAUUGGUCCCUGUCUUGAGCUGACUGACACUCCUGGAUCAGCUGCGGUCUAUUGAACGAGCUAGAGCUUCCAGGACGU